UCAAAGUGCAGUUUCUUAAUAUCUAAUAGGUUUAAACAUGACUAAAAUGUUUAGAAGUUCAAGAGGUGUUCUUUCUCUCGCUGUUCUAGGGCAAAAAAGCCGAAAUCCUCCAAAAAUAAUGUCUCACUCUGGUCAUUUAAAACGGCACAAACCAUUCAUUGUCUCCUAGUGGUUUUAUGACAUUUAACCAGACCCAUGCAGUCUGUUUUUCGGACAUAUUGGUCAGCCCCCAUCCGCAUACUUCGACGCAAAAAAAGCCCCAUGGAAAGACACGCCGCGCUCCCUGAUACGCUGCUGCUCCAGCCAGAGGGGCUGAACUGGGAACCCUCUCCAUCUACGACAGCACAACCAGCAACUCUUCUUCCUCAUCCACUCAUUUGGACCGAGCCUCCCCUGAAAGAUGACGAUAAAAACCCGACCAAAGAACAGCGAGAAGAGCGCAGCGCCCAGCCAGGACGAUGCGUCCAAAAAAAGCCAAAAGAGUGGAGGCCCCACUAACGGUGUGAGUGGCCCCGGACCCCAGGGCCCCCGCUCAGGUAGCUGCCUCGGCCUAUUUGUAACUACAGUGUUUUAUAUCGCUAUGAUAGGGGCUGCGGGGUUUGCAGCUUUUUAUUUACAGCAAGUGGUGGAGGAAGUCCGUCAGAUCAAUGCAAAGCAUGAGGAGAGCGCACAGCGAGGCGUAGAGCUGGGUACCAAAAUGGAGAGCGUUGUUCAACAGGUGGAGUCUCUGCAAAGCAAUGUGGAUGGGCUAGAGUCGUCACUGGGCAUCACACGGGUGGAGCUAGAGGCGGCUGUGAGCCGCAUGAAGAGGGGCGAGGUGGAGACCAGGAGGGUGGAGGAGACGCUUCAGAAGCUCCAGAACGAUCUACUCAGGGACCUGUCAGAGGGCAUCAGGGAGGUCAAGGAGGCUCGAGAGAAGGACUUCUCCUCUCUGGAGAAAGCUGUAGAGGAGCGUUUGGCUGAGGUGAGCCAGUCCAUUUCAGCCAGCAUGGCUGAGUACACGGAGGGCCAGGGAGAAGCGCGGCGUCAGCUAGCUGACCUCAAAUCCCGUCUGGGCGACACUGCAGACCCUGCGCUCAUCAAACAGGAGCUCUCCGCCAUUGUUGAAGUUGUAGCUGAAAUUAAAAUGUCCAAACAGGAAUCAGACGUUAUCUCUGAUUCCCUCAGAGAUCAGAUAAGCGCAGUGAGAGAGGAGUUCCAGACUCGCAACAAGGAGGUAACCUCUCUGUCUCAGGAGGUUGAAUCUAUGAGGUCAGUGAUGCAAGAGACCACCGGGAGCCUGAGGCAGUCCCUGUCUGCAGCAGAGGCUGGAGUUCAAGCCUUUGAGGACCGAACUGUGAGCCUGCAGAGCAGCUUGGAGCAGGUCACCAAUUCUGUUCGCACUGUGGAGGAGAGAGUGAACGCAGCAGUGGCUCAGACUCAGAAAAGAUCUGAGGAUCUGGAGACCAGGGUUAAAUUGUCUGAGGAAAGCGAAGAUUUGCUGUCUGCAUCACUGUCAGACAUCAGCAACAAGGUGGAAUCACUGCUCGCCAAAUAUGAUGGGCACGAAAGCAGUCUAUCUGCAUUGCAAAAGACAACGCAGGCUCUUGCUGGUUUAAUGGAAGGUGAGCGAGAUGAAGAACAAAGCAGUCUGGAGGAGCUGCAGAACAAAUUAGUUGCUGUUAGUGAAGCCCAGAACGAGUUAACUGUAAAUGACUCAAACUUGGAUCAACAGUUGGAGGAGCUGGAGAAGAGACUGACUGCUUUGGAGGACAGAAUGUAGAUCAGCUGUGCCACAAUGAGGCGUUCACAGUCUGGAUGAAAGAAAAACACGGAGCAGACUGUCAUGCAAUGUCACAUCACGAUAUCAAAACAGGAGACCACACUCCACAUUUUUGUUACUUUUAUAAACAUUUCUAAAGUUGGUAUCUGAUGUAUUGAUGUUGCAAAUCUUGUUAGAACAAAAAGGGGGAGGAAAAAGGGACUGCUGAUCUGUGAAGUUUAAAACCCACACGUGUUCUGCACUGUAGUUUCAUUCUCUGUUUUGUUUUCUUAGAUUUUUUUUUUUACUUUUUUAAAACCUCCAGUUUCAAAAAGAAGAUUUUAAAGUACUUCUUGGUUUACUCACUACUUUUUUUUACUUCUUAGAUUUUUUUUAAAUAAAAAAUGUUUAACUUGA